CUCUCCAUUAUGCAAGCGCAUGAAUGAGGAAAUCAAACGUUCAUUGAUGUAGAGCAAAUUACAGCUUUUAAUAAUUUAGGAAAUCCGAUGGUUUUAUUUAGAUUUGGUAGAUUGAAUCAUAUCUUAUCAGGCAUAAAAAAUAUACAGAUCAAUCCAUUUAGCAAACGGGUUUCAUCAGCAAUGAGUGCUGCACAUAUCAAAAGAACGCUUGAUGACAAGACAAUUGUCAAAUCUGCUGGAGAUGAUCGAUUAUACCGGGCACUGGAACUUAACAAUGGAAUGAGGAUACUUCUCAUUAGUGAUAAACAAACAGACAAGUCAUCAGCUGCUAUGGAUGUUUAUGCUGGACAUAUGAAAGAUCCGAAAGACAUACCAGGCCUUGCACAUUUCUGUGAGCAUAUGCUCUUUCUGGGAACAAAAAAGUAUCCUGAAGAGAAUGAAUACACCAAGUAUCUCAACGAGCAUGCUGGAAGUUCCAAUGCAUUUACAUCAAAUGAACACACCAAUUACUAUUUUGAUAUAGCACCAGAACAUCUUAGUGGCGCCCUAGACAGAUUUUCCCAGUUCUUCCAUGAGCCUUUAUUCACACCCUCUGCUACAGAAAGGGAGAUCAAUGCGGUUAACUCUGAAAAUGACAAAAAUCUACAGAAUGACUCAUGGAGAUUACAUCAACUGGAAAAAUCCCUGGCAAAACCCACACAUGACUUUCACAAGUUUGGAACAGGAAACAAGUUCACAUUAGAGACAAGGUCAAAGGAGCUAGGGUACGAUGUAAGGGAUGAAUUACUCAAGUUUCACGAUAAACUGUACUCAUCUAAUAUCAUGGGGCUGACUGUACUAGGAAAAGAAUCACUAGAUGAACUUACAGAGAUGGUUGUGCCACAUUUCCAUGGGGUGGAGAAUAAGAAAGUGACUAUCCCUCAUUGGGAGGAGCAUCCUUUUGGCCCCGCCCAGCUACAGAAUAUGUGCUAUGUAACACCAGUGAAGGACAUUAGAAACCUGUCAGUGUCUUGGUCUAUACCGGAUCUCCAACCAUACUAUAAAACUAAUCCAGGUCAUUAUCUAGGCCAUUUGAUUGGUCAUGAAGGGAAAGGAAGUUUGUUGUCAGAACUUAAACUCAGGGGUUGGGUGAAUACAUUGGUAGGAGGGCAACAGCAGGGAGCCAAUGGUUUUAUGUUCUUUAUUGUAAAUGUGGAUCUCACUGCAGAUGGUUUAGAGCAUGUUGAUGAUAUAAUUACAUUGAUAUACCAGUAUUUACACAUGUUAAAGAAGGAAGGGCCACAGGAAUGGAUAUUCAAGGAAUGUGCUGAUUUAAGUGCCAUGCAUUUCCGGUUCAAGGACAAAGAGAGACCCAGAGGUUAUACUUCAGCUUUGUCAGGUAUAUUACAUGAUGUUCCAUUAGAAGAGUGUUUAAGUUUUCACUAUAUGAUGACCGAAUACAAGCCUGAAUUAGUGGACAUGUUACUGGAAAAACUGAUCCCAACUAAUAUGAGAAUCUCAGUGAUUGCUAAGAAGUAUGCGGGACAGACAGACAAAAAGGAAGAAUGGUAUGGUACAGAAUACAAGCUGGAGCCUAUACCACAAGAUAAACUUAAGAUGUGGGAUACUUGUGGUUUCCAUGAAAACCUAAGUUUACCAGCUGUAAAUGAGUUUAUACCAACAAACUUUGACCUUGUUACCAGGGAGACAGAGCAAAAUUGUGUUCCAGCAAUGUUGAAGGACACAGCAAUGACGAGGUUAUGGUUCAAACAGGAUGAUAAAUUCCAUCUGCCAAAAGCAUAUGCUAGCUUUGAAUUGACCAGUCCUUUGGUGUAUAUAGACCCCUUACAUACAAACAUGUCAGUGUUGUUUGUUCAGCUGUUCCAGGAUUCAUUGAACGAAUAUGCUUAUGAUGCAGAACUUGCUGGUCUCAAGUACAGCCUGAGUAGCACCACAUAUGGAAUUUCUCUAUCAGUGAAAGGUUACAAUGAUAAACUUGAUGUUCUGUUGAGAAAAAUACUGGAGAAAAUGGUGUCCUUCAAGAUUGAUCCAAAACGGUUUGAAAUUCUGAAGGAAUUGUAUGGUCGAGGUCUGAAGAACUUUGUGGCUGAGCAACCUCACCAACAUGCUGUAUAUUUUACCUCAGUUGUCAUGUCAGAAUUACUGUGGACUCAGGUUGAACUUCUGAACAGUCUAGAAGAGGUGACAUUAGAGAAGCUUACAUCAUUUCUACCACAGCUGUUUUCAAAGAUGCAUAUAGAAGGAUUGGUGUAUGGAAAUGUAACCAAACAGGUAUGU